UGGAAACGAAAACAGCCAAUCAGCGCGGUGAUUCACCGGCUGUAGACUCGACGCACCACAGGACGCGGGACGUAUUCAGGAGAGCUCCUGGACAGCGACAGCGAUGCUGAAGGCCAAGAUCCUCUUCGUGGGCCCCUGCGAGAGUGGAAAAACCGUUCUGGCCAACUUUCUGACGGAAUCUUCAGACAUCACUGAAUACAACCCAACCCAAGGAGUGAGGAUCCUGGAAUUUGAGAACCCAAAUGUCACCAGCAACAACAAGGGCACAGGGUGCGAGUUUGAGCUCUGGGACUGUGGCGGCGAUGCUAAGUUUGAGUCCUGCUGGCCAGCCCUGAUGAAGGAUGCCCAGGGAGUAGUGAUCGUCUUCAAUGCCAACAUCCCAAGCCACCUGAAGGAAAUCGAAAUGUGGUAUUCCUGCUUUGUCCAGCAGCAGUUCUUACAGGAUUCUCAGUGCCUGCUCAUCGCACAUCACAAACCAGGCUCUGGAGGUGACAAGGGGAGCCUGUCUUUGUCACCACCACUCAACAAGCUGAAGUUGGUGCACUCAAAUCUUGAGGAUGAGCCUGAAGAGAUCCGGAUGGAAUUCAUGAAAUAUUUGAAAAAUAUCAUCAGUUCCAUAUCUGAGAGCAGGGACAGGGAGGAGAUGUCAAUCAUCACCUAACAGCCUUCCCAGGGGCAUCCACCUCUUGGUGUGGCCAGCUGCUUCCCAGCACAGAACUGAAGUUGCAUCCAAUUACUUGUGUUUUCUUCCCACUGUGGCAACAGAAGAAAUUGUCCUCUUCUCCUUGAAGGUAGCGGUCAGCCGAGAGUUGACAUGAAAUCCUUUCACUGGGUUCUGAUUCCCUGGGCCCAGGCCUUCCCAAAGAUGUGGAAAAUUGAGUGAUCGCCUCCCUUUCACAUAUGUUAACUUAUUAAAAUUGUGGAAUUGUAGCCAUCAUAGCCCAAAGAUACAAUAGCAGUUUCAUCCAAGUGUAUUGGUUUGGAUAUGAUUUUCAUUCCUUGAUUCAGUCAACAAAUUCCAACUAGGUGAGCAUCUCCUAUGAUGUGCGAGGCACUGUGCUAGCUGUGGACUGUAUACAACAUGAUAGAACCAACAUAACCCUUGCCCCCCAUAUAGCCUCCAUUCUGUUUUUCUAAAUAAUAGAGAGGCAGAGUCAGAAACUUAAGUGCUGUACUAUGUUUUCAUUAGGCAAAAAAAGGAAAGAAAAAACACACAGAUGAGCAGCAGUUGGCUCAUGCCUGUAAUCCCCACACUCUGAAAGGCUGAGGCAGGAGGAUUGUAAAUUUGGGCCCAGCUUAAGCAACUUGUCAAGACUCUGACUCAAAAAAUAAAAAAGGACCGAUGAUGUAGCUCAA